AUGUUGCCGUUUGCGUAUGCUGCGAGUAGCAUGCUGUUGAGAAAAAAGCAUGCCAGGCUCCAUGGAGACUUUGUAGCGAGCAAACCUUGCCCACCAAAAACCUUCCCGGUCGGGCGCAUCCAGACGGGCCCCGGACAGCACUGUAAACUAGCGUCUCUUGGCGGCGCCUUCCUCACCAACCGUUGGGCGCUGUCAUGGCUGGCCUGGCGCUUCCAUUACCAUGUCCUGUCGUCUGACUGGCUCUUGUCCAUAUUUUGCUGGACACGACGUCGAAGCUACACAUCUGGAGCGUCUCAGAUCUCGCAUAGAGUUGUACAUUUCCACACCAGCGAAUCCAGGGCGGCUACGGAGCCUCAAGCCCGCAAACAUGGCGCUCGUUAUGAAGCAGCUCCACCUGAUGGCUCCAAUCACCUUCACCCGGUGCCUGUGGACAAUGCCUACUCCCACCGACGAGCUUUGACUCAGGGAGACGUGGCGGGCGCCUCUGCCACAUCAUAG